AUGGAAGUCGCUGACGGUGCAGCCAGCACGCCUGCUGAACUCCCUCAGCCCGACGAUUUGGUGGCGGCGUUGGAGAAGAAUUAUCACAAAGUCGAAUAUCGGAACGUGGAGCUCAAGAACCAUCGCGACGUGGUCAGCACAGUCGACAAGAAGGAUCUCGCCUCCAUCGCGGACAACACAUGGGUGACUGACGGGGCGAUAGACUUUCACAACCAUGAGGAUCUGAUGCCCUCCCUUUAUGCCGACUUUCCAACAUGUCCGGCGUGUGUUUCCAGGCUACUAAGCAUCCGAGUGCCGAAACUGUCAAACGGGAAGACAUGGGCGGCUGUCGAUUGCAACAACUUCGCGAACACCACUGAGCACAAUACUCCCGUCAAUGCUGGAAACGGCCUGCCUCUCCUUGAGCACGACUACCUGGCGGUGCCUGUCUACAGGGGGUUGCUGACAACUCUCGCCAAGCAGACGCACCCACAUGUGGACAUGUCGAAUUUUGAACUGCUGCUGAAGGACGUUCCCUGUCAUGUCCUCACGCGGUUACCCGGUGUGCGGAUUCUUUGUGUGCAGGCGAACCACAUCCCUAAGCAAGAGAAUGGUUUUGACUGCGGAGUCUUCAUCUGCCACUACUUGAAAGUUUUGGUCUACUCCGACUUCGCCAACUUGAAGAGUGGCCUGUGGUUCAAAGGGGUCAGCGCGCUGCAGUACCGCCGCAACAUGCGCGCUGAUAUAUGCGCACACGCUAUGGGGGAGUUGCUCCGGAGGCUAGAGGAAGAUGGCGUGGAUGUUCCUUCUCAGGAAAGCGGCACCACCACCAACACGACUUUGAAGGAGGGUGCAGAGGACGGACAACACACAGAGCAAAGACGUGUGGACCGACUCGAGGCGGAGGUGUGCUCCUUGAAGCGCGAGGUCGGUGCGAUGACUGCAGGAUUCGCCGCAAUUGGGCAGGUGCUUGGGAUGUCGAGGGAGGAGCUGAUCUCUGCCGGCGAAAACAUGCUGCAGAAGCCUGCCUGCGCUGUGCAGGGAGCGGGAGGUAAUGAUCCGCGCAAGCACGGCCCAACCACUCCUGUACGGCCUUCAGGAUACACGAAGCAGCUGAACGACAGCCCUGACGAGGAUCUGGUGGGCUCCAACACGAGAGUGUCGCUCGACAGCAAGUUCGCGUCAGCCGUUGGAGCGUACCCCUGCUUCCCGGCACAUCUGCCGAUCCCCGGGACGGUUCCACACUGGCUGUUGUCGCGCCAGCAGGGAGCUGCGGUUUCACUAGUCCAGCCAUCCUAUCCUGUUUACGGCAUCGCGCAGAGCGGUGCGGGCGCACACCCCGGCUUCACAGAUGUGCCCAAGCAGGAGCCCUUGGCCGGAGGAGAGGAUUCUGACGAGGACGGAGAGGGGGAGACCGAGCCAGGAACAAAGCCGACCAAGUACACCGGGGUGUAUGUGGAGGCCGAUACAGGCAAGUUUGGGGUGAAGGUUGUCGCCAAGGACAAGGACGGAAAGAAGGUAACGAGGAGAGUCGGCGCUUACACCACGAUAGAGGAGGCAGCGUAUUGCUACGCGGCAGCAGCCCACGUGCUGAGGCCAGGCAUGGGCACCAGGAACUCUGUGGCUUUAACACCGGCGGAUAGGGCAGCUUUGAAGGGGUGCACUCCUGAAGUCCUAAAAGUCCUGGAGGGUAUGGAGGGAGGCGUACGAAGAGACUACGGAGGAGGGGAGACAUCUGACGCUUCUCCCGGCAGAGUAGGCAAGCAAGCGGCGGAGAGUGACUCGCCAGAUUCGCGUUCCAAGAGCGACGUUGAUCCGCGUCUGGCUCUCCGGAAUCGAGGCGAGGACGUUGACGGGGGCGACCAGGCACGCAUCGAGAGCGACGUCAACGCUUUCGAAGAGGAGGAUGACGAGGAUGUGGGCGACGCGAUGCGCGCGAUGUUCGAAACCAACACGAACCGCGAGAACGCUGAUGUCCCGCCCAAUGGAGAGGAGGUGCGCGUUUCUGCGGGAGUAUUCAGGAGCCUGCUUAAGUCGCAAGACGAGAGCGCGAAGAAGGUUGCCCGCUUGGAAACCUUGCUUUUGGAGGCACUGGCGAAGUCCGAUGGGGGAUCUCGUCGCCGCAAAGCAGAGCGGCAGAGGGAGCCGGGACAGGGAUGCAUGAACCCAAAGCGCCAGCGUCGUGGCGAGGCUGUGGCUGAGGUUGAGGACGAUGACGAUGAGGUGGACGACGACGACGACUUCGAGGACGUGGCACAGAUUCGCACGCGGCGCAAACAUAUGCGGUCUGCGAAGUCGCCUGUUCUGCAACGCGCACUUGAUCUGCUGCCAGCAGACAAGGCUUGGAAGUGUUUGCGGUGGUUCCUGACUUGUGUGCAGCGACUAUGCGAGUUGGUCCGCGUGCAGCUGUUCCUGAAGAAGCCGGCAGCAACCAUGACUUUCUAUCCGAGCUCUGACGACAAGACUUAUGGCGUCUGCGCAGUGCUUGACCGCCUGCCGCAUAGCUUCGCGUGUCUCGCGCUGGCAGCGGACAAGUCCCGACGGGCGGACCUUAACAAGACGCUGAGCGAGUGGAAGACAAGGGCUGCAGCACGGGUCCGGGACAUUGCGCUCCCGAAGCUUGGAUUCUUCCGGGACGAGCGCGACGAGGCAAGCCCGUGGGCAAGGGACAACGCACGGACGCUGGAGCAGAUUCGCGAGCGCAUUGGGCUCGGAGCGGAUGAGAGCGAUGAUCUGGUGUUGAGCAACUGGGCUAACGACCGCGACGGGAUGCCCUUUGCUUCUGCGGCGUUUGCGGCGUGCGCAAAGGCUGCCUUCAUUCCGAAGAAGGCUGCACUGCCGCUCACUUUGAAGGUGUACCACCUUGCGUGGCUAGAGCACGUGGUGUCCGACAGCAUCAUGUACUGGGAGCAGAGGAUGGGCCGUCUCUCUAACUCGGCGGGGGGGAACGGCCACAUGGUGAACGGGCUCAAGGUGCUUGUGAAGGGCUCCGUUUCACAGGCCAUCCGUCACUUCAAUCCAGAGUACGACGAGGAGAAAGAGGAGUGGAUAUGGGGACGCCAUGGCCUCCGCCUUUCUGCAUGUGGGCUUGAGAGCAUGAAGCCCAAUGCAGGCGCUAGCGGAGGAGACGCCGCCGGGAACGAUGUGCAGUCGGUGUCUGUCGGGGGUGUGUAG